CACAGACCAUCGGCGAGCCCGCUUGCAGUUUGCUUGCGACCACGUCAAUUGGACCCUUGACCAAUGGAAAGCUGUUCUCUUCUCAAACGAGACGAGUGUGCCUUUUCUGCAACGAUAGACGCAGAAGAGUGUACAGAAGAUAGGGGGAACGUUUCGCCCAAGCCUGCAUCCAGGAGCGGUGGAAUACGGGGGCGGUUCCUGGGGGUCAAUUGCCUAAUGAAGUUGCUAUGGCUAUCGAUUCGAUCGACGAUUACAUUUUGUUAUUUCUGACCACCCAAGGUUUUUAAAUACCUCACGCGCAAUUCUUUAAUAUUGUUAUUACCAAUGCAAAAGAAAAAAAACAAAAGAAAGAAUCUUCGGCGGUCAGAAAUAAUAAAAUGAAAUCGUAAGCGAUAACGAUAGCCAUUGUAAUACCGUUAGGCGAUUGGUCCCCUGUCAUGUCGGCCAACGGCAAAACCGGCCUUGUAAGCGCUCCACUCAUCCCUGGAGGUGCUCGCGGGCAAGGGUCGCUGACUGCUCACCAGUACGUCACAGAGAUCCUGGAAGAGCAUAUGGUCCCCUAUGCCAGUUUUGUUGGCGAGGGGUUCACAUUAAUGCACAAUAACGCUCGAGCUUACACCGCAUUAAUUGUGCGCGACUACCACCUUCAAGAGGUUGGGAUCUCUGUCAUGCAGUGGCUAGCAAGAAGUCCAGACCUGAACCAGAUAGAGUACAUCUGGGACUGUGCCUCUGGGGAUCCUGCUCCCACGACUCUGCUGGAGCUCAAAGAGGCCGUUAUUGAGGAAAGGGCCAGUAUCCCUCAAGAAGACCUCCUAAAAUUGGUAUGAUGCAUGAGAGAGCAUAUGGAAGUCGUCAACUGGGCAAAGGGUGGCAACACCAGGUUUUAGGUUAGUUUCAAAAAAUUUAUUUAUUUAUUUUUUGUGUAAUUUAUCUGUUUUUAGUUGAGACUUAAUUAAGAUUUUUUAUUGUUUUGUAAACUUUAUUGAUUUUUGCACUGUUCCAAUCAAAAAUAAUAAUUAAAUUAAUUGUUUUUUUAAGUUUAUUAUUGGGUUUUCAAAUAACACCAAUAUUGGUGUGUUAUAAAAUAAUGCUUGAAAGUUACUAUCGCAUAGGUGCGUUUUUUUUGACGCAGAGAGAAAAACACAGUCAUAAUUAUUGAUUAUGGCCUACUUCAAUUAACAAUAUCCUUUUGUUGAUUGAAGAUAGCAGAGUAAAAAACUUGUCUAGCACUCACUGCCAUGGAGCUCACAAAGCAUACUUACAAGGUGUGGUUUAAGCCCUUUGGGAUGGAACAUCUUCGGACUGUUCUGACUCUGGAAUGCAUGCUGAAGCCGAACAGGGGAAGGGUAUGGGUGCACGUGGUAUGGCGAGCCGUGUGUUGACUGCUCCGAGCACAGACAUGGGACAAAUGGUACUGUGAACAAUCGCUGGUGCAUCACACAGUGGACAUGACUGAAGCUUUUUAAGCCCCCUGCUCAUUUUCUCUAUCUAAUCAUUGCAUCCGCUAGAUCUAUAAUUCCCACAUCAAUGUCAUUGAUGAACAAAAGUAUUAUUAUACAUUUUCUUGUAAAUAUGAAUUAAUUCUUUCGUUUUUCACAAGAAGUAAAGCCUUUUUAUAUAUAAAUGUCUAACUAUAUGGUUGCAAAAUAAAGCUUCAGUCAAAAACAGGUAAAGCUAGUGAACACACAAAUUAAUAUAAUUCAGUGUAUACUUUGCUGACUGCUUGUAACUCUCCAUUGUUGCAGACUGUCCAAUGAAAUCGAGUCUUCAUUGCUACUGAAAUUCAAUUAGAUAAAAAUUAAGAAAGAAGUAUGUGACUUCAUAACAUACAUCUACAUUUAAUCUAAACCUAUAUUAUAAUAUAUGUAAAAAGAUUUUUUAGCUAUUACAUUUGUUUAGAAAAGGCUUACAUUGAUAAAAUUAUAAUUAAGUAAUUGUUCAACAAGUUUUCCAAUUAUUUACUUGGUCUAAUUGGUAUAUAAUAUACUAAUAAAAUAUUCGAUCAACAAUGCAAAUGAAACUUCCAAAAUCAUUAAUAAAAAGUCCUUCCUUGGCUGGUUUUCGAACCCUGACUAAACCAUCAGUGGUUCAUUCAAAACUGAACCAGCGAUGCUUGUUGAUAAGGUCUGAAUUUUUUAAUAACAAUUGAAAUGUAAUGUGACAUGCGUAAGGUGAACGAAAAAAAUUGUGGCAACGUAAUGAAAUUUUCACAUAAAUAAUUGAUAUUUAGCUUUCGAGAUAAUUUUCAGCUCUAUGGUAUCACAACACAAUUUUCAAACAAACAAAUCAGUCAGACAGAGGCUUGGUCAUUUAGUUAGGAUGCGGUCAAAGAUAGUAAUCUAUUAGACUUAAAAAUAGUAUUUACCAUGACACUGAAAUUCCAAAAUAUUAGAGAACACUUAAAAGUAAACUUCCGUAGUAGUUCCCUGUUACUUUAAAAUAGAUAUUUAUAUUCAAUUCUAUCAUACCUGAGGAUGAAUGCACUCCAGAGCAAUAUGAUGAGCCGCACUUUGAAUAGUUUUAUGUUUGGACCGCAAUUCUUCCAUUUCAAUCACUUGCGGUGUGUUAAUAAAAUAAGCUAUAGUAAUUUAGUCAUAAAUGUUAACCAGACCACAGUAAGGAAAAGAUUUAUUCAUACUAGUAAUAAUCAUUCACAAACAAAUACUAAACUUUUCCUAUUUGAUAUUUCCCUCCUUCACUUUGUUUGGCAACUGUUAUACGUCGGAGGCACAUCAAGGGCCUAAUAAUAUAGUUUUGCUAUGUUAGAAUGCUUCGAGAUAUUAUUAAGUUGUCUACACGAACUGUGCUGUUAAUUUUAGUCGGUUAAUAUUGCGUAACAAAUGGCGUUUGCGUGGCGCAGAAAAUCAAUACCAAGCGGAUAUUUUUUUUAUGUUUUAAAAGCAUGAAAUCCAGGGUACAUUCCAGGGUCAAAAUCAGGUAUUUUAAGUUGUUGUCAAACAAAAUGAAUCCAAUGUGUUAUAAUAUUCCAGUCGGUAAUAUGAGUAACAUGUGUCUGUUUGCGUUAGUCAAAGGUGUAACCAAUGAGUUUAUGUAGGAUUUUUAUGUUGUGAUUAGAAUUGGUAAUCACUAAUGCUUGCCGAGUAAAAUCAGUAUUAAAUUGAUCUCAAAUCACCAUACCAAACAAUAUAAAAUGGGAAAUCCUGAAAGGAUAUUGAUUAGGCUGCAUUGUAUAGUUUCUUAUGCCUUUACUAGUAAAUUAAUAAUGACAAUAUUUACGCUCUAUGGUAAAAUUAGUUUUUUAAUCUAUGGUUGAUAAUGUUACCACAACAGGAAAAAAUAAUGUUACCAUUUGAAAUUCUUCCCACAGAGUAAGUCCUAGUUUCUACGUAAAUAAAUUUAAAAAUUGUACGCAAAAACAUUCUUUUGAAGCUUAGAUUUAUGUUUCGAAGUCCUCAUUUAUUUCACAAAUCUUAGAAUAACAACAUUAAUAAUUCUCAUUAGGUUAAUCUUUUGUUUAUAAGGCAAUAUUUGAAUAGUAAGUUACGUUACUAUUGAACCUUAAAUAAAUAAUUGAUAUUUCUUAAAAGUAGCACACGUAUUUUAUGUUUCCAAACAAGUAGUUCAAACUACUACAAAGGAAGUAGGUUUUCCUGUUUCAAUCGAAAUAAAUGGCCACUUUAAUACCAGCCAAAAAAAAAAUAAAGAAAAAUCAAAUCAUUACUACGAUAGUCUCUCGUAUUUAGACAAAAAACAAGCACAAAAUUUAUAAAAUUCAUUUUGAUCUUAUUUUCGUAGACCAUACAUAUUUUUAACAUCAGCUCGUCAUUCAAUAAAAAAAUCUAUAAAAAUAGGGACAAUUUUUGUGUAUGGAUGAAUCAAAGCGAUACGAUAAUGUUGACAUUCAAUAUGGCGGUAUGUCGUCAGUGCUGUGCUGUGUCGUGCUUGUGAAUGUCGGAUAGACGUAUAGAUAGGAACCGAAAUAUACGAUAACAUACCCUCACCUCGUCAACCGAACUAAUGCAACUCGAAGCUCCGACUCAGCAAGCAUUGAAGACAUCUGGGGAUCUAUCAACUUAACCAUUUUUUUUAUUUUUAACAAUUAUUGUGAUUUGGUGUAAAAAUUGUGACUGUAAAAACGCUCGGUGGUGUUCUGUAGAACACAAAGAUUAAAAAAAUGUGAUUUGUUUUAAAUUUUAUUACUGCUAAUUAGGAACAUUGACACCACGCGAUUUUCUGUGAUAUAUUCAUUAAUAGAACUGAGAUUUUCGACCUAUAUACAAGGAAGACAAAACCAUGUCCAGUAAUCCUCAGUGGAAGAUGUUCCAACCGCCAGAUUCCCACCCAUCUCCCCUGCAAGACAUACUUGAUCUCCAACACUCAAACAUGCAGGCAAAACAAGCUUAUCGUAAUGGUACAUUCAGCAGUGAGUACCCCAGUUCACCAAGAGACAACUUCAGCAACAUAGGCAAGACAAGUGGUGGUAAUCGCUUUACCCUUGGAAAUUACAAUAUAGAUGGGUGUCCCAUGGGUGACUCUGUGGGUGUUUACUCAUCUGGCUCAACUAAUAACUCAUCAUCUCAAUAUGAUUCCAUGAACCAUCCUCCCAUCAGAGAAACAGGAAUUAUAGAAAAAUUGUUGCAUUCAUAUGGAUUCAUCCAGUGCUGUGAGCGACAAGCUCGUUUGUUCUUUCACUUUAGUCAGUUUAGUGGCAACAUUGAACAUCUGAAAAUUGGUGAUCCUGUAGAAUUUGAAAUGACUUACGAUCGCCGUACUGGGAAGCCAAUUGCAUCUACCGUAACCAAGAUUGCACCAGAAGUGGUGCUGAGCGAGGCCCGUGUCACGGGUACCGUCACUACCGAGGUGAAAGGAGAGGGUUCCGGCGAUAACACCGGGAGGAUCUCUUACGAAAACCGCGGGGAAUGUUUCUUCUUGCCCUACACGAAAGAUGACGUCGAGGGCAACGUGACGCUGCGCACCGGAGACGCGGUCAGCUUCCAGAUCGCCACCAACCAAAGGGGGACCUUGGGCGCGUGUCACGUGCGCUUCGAGAAUCCUGUGCAUCCGGUCAAGUACCACGGCGUCGUUUGCUCCAUGAAAGAAAAUUUCGGAUUCAUCGAGAGGGCGGACGUCGUCAAGGAGAUAUUUUUUCACUACUCCGAAGCCAAAACCAAGGAAGAACUCAAUCUAGGGGAUGAUGUCGAAUUUAUCAUUCAAACUAGAAACGGCAAGGAGGUGGCGUGCAACAUCACGAAGUUGCCGAGCGGGUCGGUGGUGUUCGAGGACGUGAGCCCGGAGCUGAUGCGCGGGCAGGUGCUCAAGCCGCUCGAGCGCGGCGCGGCUCAGCGGGCGGCGCAGAGCGAGCCACUGCCGGGCCGCAUCCGGUACCGCGCCGCCGAUCACUCCGAGGUGGAGGUGCCCUUCGGCGAUAAGGACCAGUGCGGCGAGUUCACGCUGCGCCACGGCGACUGGGUGCAGUUCCAGGUGGCCACCGACCGCCGCGACCAACUCAAGCGCGCCACCAACAUAUCGCUACUCGACGAGUCGUUCAACGUCUCCGGAGAACGACGCGAGCAAGGCGUGGUGUGCACCCUGCGCGAGGGUUUUGGGUUUAUUCGCUGCGUGGAGCGCGAGCACACCAUGUUCUUUCACUUCGCUGAGGUGCUGCGGCUCGGACACGAGCUCAGCGUCGGAGAUGAGGUGGAGUUCACGGUGGAGCCGGUGUCGUCGUUCUCUGCGGCACCCACGCGGCAAUCGGCGACGCGGAUCAAGCACUUGCCGGCCGGAACGGUCGCCUUUGAGACGCUCGUGGAGCGCGGCGUGCGCGGGGUCAUCGCCCGCGAGCCGCCCCCCAACGCCAACGCCAACAACGCCAACACCAGCCCCACCAGGCAGACUGCGCAGGAGAACAACGGCGUGAUCACGUGCAUGGUGAAUGGCAUUAAGAAAUCCGUGUCGUUUGCGGCCAAGAAAUGCGAGGGCAAGCUGCUGCCGCGUGUCGGUGAUAAGGUCACCUUCGACAUCUACCAGGUGAAGCGUACUAAAGAGCUAGUGGCGGCAUGCGUGAGCGUCUCCUCCGGUCUGUCCAACGGGUCGGGGACCGGCGCGGGCGCGGGAUCAGGUGCGACAGCGGGCGCGGGCGCGGGCGCGGCGGCAGCGGCGGCGGCGGUGACGGCGGCGGCGGGCGGCGGCUCGCGGCCAGUGUUGCAGGGGUUCAUUGCCGCGCUGAAAGACUGCUUCGGCUUCAUCGAGACCAGCGACCACUCCAAGGAGGUGUUCUUCCACUUCAGUAACCUGGAGGGCAACGCGGACUCGCUGGAGCUGGGGUCGGAGGUGGAGUACGUGGUGGGUCGGUGCGGCGGCGGCGGGGGCGGCAACGGCGGUAGUGGUGGAGGCGGCUGCGCUAGUGCGGAGUGGGUGCGACCUCUGCCGCGUGGCACUGUGCCUCUGCCGCCGCACCAGAAGAAGAUGAUGCACGGCAUCGUGACACGGACAUUGCGCGCGCUCAACCCCGACCAACCGCACUACUCGGGUCUGAUCAAAGUGGCGGGCUGCAACGAGGGGGGUUACGAAUUUGGCAUCAUGGGGUUGGCGUGCAAGCGCGAGAUCCUGCAGGUGGGCGACCCCGUCACCUUCCACCCCGACGUGGAGGGGCGCGCCGCCAACAUCGUGCCCGUGCGCAAGAAGCGCCGCGCCACCGUGGACGCCAUAAAAGGCGGGUUCGGCUUCCUCUCGGUGGAGGCGGAGGCGGAGGCGCCGCGGCGGCUAUUCUUCCACAUGUCGGAGGUGCGCGGCGGUGCGGCUGACCUGCAGCCCGGCGACACGGUAGAGUUCGUCAUGCUCACCAACGUGCGCAACGGCAAGUCCUCCGCCUGCAACGUCGUGCGAGUAGGACGCGGUAGCGCGGGCGGGGGCGGCGGUGGCGGCGGUGGCGCUGCGGGCGAGCGGUCGGCGGGCGAGCGGCCCGAGCGGCUGCUGGCGCGGCUGCGCACCGCCUCGCUGGAAGAUGCCGCGCCGCGUGUCGUGGUGUUGCGUCCGCCGCGCGGACCGGACGGCUCGCGCGGCUUCCGACCGCGCCGCCCACUACAAGAGUUGCUGGCGGAGUGAGCGCGCGCGCAGCACUAGCUCGUCUUAUGGUUUGGUUUCAAAUUCAAAUCGUUCUUGUAAUCAUGAGAGACUGACUGAUCCUGUUUCUUUAGCAGCAUUUAAAUUGUUUUGUUAUUUACUCAUCGUAGGAACCGCAGUCAAUAAUCGUGUAACGCGACAUAGAGCAGGGAACAUAUCAGUGCGCCGAGAGGCUCGCGCCGCACGUUUACACUUCAUAAGAGGUUCUUUUUCGCAUAGACACGUUGUUCAAAAUUCCGCGCCGCCGCCGACGGACGCCGACGGUCGCCGAGUUCCGGGCCGAGGCGGGCACCGACAUAUCCGAGGCCGCCCACGCCCGACCUUCUGUGAUUAUGGAAAUUUCAAGUGCAAUAAGUUUGUAUAAUGGGUAAAUUAAUAAAACGAACGCUAGUCUAUAGGUAGCGGGCCGCCCUCGGCUCUGUGUCGCCGGAACGACGCAUUUACACUAUGCAAUGAACUGGAAUGGAACCAAAGACUGAAAAUAUUUAUUAUAACAAUAAUAAUAUUGGUAUUAGAUUAUGUUAAUCGUCUGUACGGCGCGCCGCCGCGCCGCCUAGGAUCGAGCGAGAGCGGCGGCAUUUUGAACAAACGUAAUAUGCCAGUAUCGAUCGCUUGCGAGUGAACACGUUGAUUUGCUGUAUGACAUUCGUUGCGCAUGCGACCGCUCUGUAGUAAUAGUUAAAGUGUAAUCUUCAGGAAUUCGAUGUUGUAGUUUACGGAAAUAUGUCCCCGACGCUUCGGGUGUGGGUACUAAUACUAGUCGUAACAUAUUAUACGCUCCGCCAACACAGACAUAAAAUGUUUGAUUAUUUCUUAAAUUUGCAAAAUAUAAUGAUCAAUGAAGUAUUAAUAUGAAACACUAUCUAAUCGGGUCUUGAGAUCUGACAUGACGAGUACAUGAUGUACAGUUCAUAUUUGCGUUGUCUUUUAAUGUAAGAUCUGACAUGACGAGUACAUACUGUGCAGUCCAUAUUUGCGUUGUCUUAAAAUGUAUUAUGUAGUUAAGAAUUUGGCGAACCAAUUAUGAGAAAUGUAAAAUCGGUGCCUAAAAGAACCUCUAUGGUAUACCAAAAGUUGAAAUGUUAUAAUAAACCUUGCAACGAUUCCACGUUCUGGGGUAAAAGUUAAUUUUUAUUUAGAACUUCAAAUGUAUUCAUUAGACAAGUUAUCAAUGCCAAAUGUAUAAACACCAUGUACAGUUUUGAAAAUUGUGAUUAAAACAAUGUACACCACUUUCUGCGCCUUUUAUUCA